AGCGGCGCGCCAUCAUCCUCGGUACGUUGAACGAGCAGUCAGUUCGGCGCCGAGAGCCGCCACGCGCACACGUUUCUAUUGCAAAAUGGCCGCCGCCUACGCACAAACAGCCCCCACACCCUCCGACCGUCGAUCAGAGGGUCGUGCUGGUUCCAGACGUAUAUUUCCACCACAGUUCAAAUUACAAGUUCUCGAAGCAUAUAGACGCGAUGCUCAAUGUCGCGGUAAUCAACGUGCCACAGCCAGGAAGUUUGGCAUUCAUCGUCGCCAGAUUCAAAAGUGGCUGCAAGCUGAGCCCACGUUAAGAGCGGCCCUUUUACGACGAGCUCCACAACCAGCACCAUCACCGCCACCCUACGCAGCUGGUUCACCAGAAAGUGCCCGAUUGCCAUCGCCACCGCCUGUCGUCCUUCCUACAAUCGUACAAGUGCCCACGCCAAUGCCAACAACCAUACCAGUGCCAGUGUCAAUAGCCGUCUCAACUUCAGAGCCAAUAGAUCUCUCUGUGCGACGGCCUUCACCUACUCCAGUACUUCAACCGAAAAAUCCUUCCGCACCGGAGUCACCACGCAAGCCUUAUAAACUUUUCCGGCCAUACCUCCUUGGGGAAGAAGAGGAUCAAAAGAGACCAGCCGUUGCUUCCCUGCCAGUAACCAGUGGCGUGCACGUGUCCGCGUUCGUGCCAGUGCAGAGUGCAGCCGGAUGCGCGUUAACCGCGUGUCCCACGCCACGCUGGUGCGCGGCCAUGCCUUCCUUCCCGGCUCCGCUCAGAUGAGAGGAUGCCACCGGGGCUCUGCUCCGCACCUUCUGUGAUCUAGUCGCCGACGCCCGCCUGGCGCCACCAGGGGCGUAGCCCUCCAUCAUCGUGCCUUAACAUACACGACGCCAUAGUGCAUUAUGCCAUCGUCUUGAGAUGAUAGCUUAUUUUUGUGUAAAGAUAUAAAAAUGUAUUUUUAUAAGUGGGGCUUUUAAUAAGUCCCCACAUUUAUCAAGAUGACAUUAUAUUAUUAUGACUAAUUAUUAUUAUUA